ACCUUGGACAUUAAUGCGGAACUUUCAUAGAACAAACACUAAGGAGAUCUGAUUUUGCAGAGCAAUGGAAGAUAAACAAGAAAAUGAUUGCAAAAAUGAGGCAGAUGAAGAGAAAGAAGGACAGGAAACAAAAACAAUUCUGGGAAUCUUUACAAGAAAGCAGUUCACUUUGUUAUGUGUUGGUAUUGGUCUGAUUUUACUUCUCAUCAUUACGAUAACAUCAGUAUUUCUGAUCAUGGAUGAUUCAAGAUCAGAUACCUCAGUUAACAUAGAGUCUUUCCCAACUGGUGGAGAUAUGCUCGACUUUCUUCUCCAAACUGGAGAGAUUCAGGAAAAAGAUGGCCUUUAUGCAACUUGGUAUCAUGCUGCCAACAGUAAAUCUGAGAUGAUCAUGGCCCUGAACAGUGACGUAAUGAUUCUGGAAGCUGAUGUAAAUGUACAAGGUCAUAACACAGCAAAUGAGACCAACAUUCCCAUCAUGGCUCAUCCACCAGACAUAUACAGUGAUAACACUCUGGACGAGUGGCUGGAUGCUGUACUCGCAUCAAAGAAAGGGAUAAAGCUGGAUUUUAAAAGUAUUGAUGCAGUGGAGCCAUCAUUAGAUCUACUAAGAGUUAAAAAUCAAACGGGGAUCAGCCGCCCAGUGUGGGUAAAUGCAGAUAUUCUUCCUGGACCAAAUGUCCCUGACUUCUGGCCAGCAGUCAAUGCCUCAGUGUUUUUCGGGCUAAUUCAGAGUAAAUUUCCUGAUAUCACCAUCUCUCCAGGAUGGAAGGUUCUGUACCUUUCCAUCUUCCCCAAUGUGUCAUACACUCGCAGCAUGGUAGAGCAGAUGUACUCGACAGUAAGACACCUUCCUCAGAAGAUCACCUUCCCCGUCCAUGCUUUGAUGGCCAAGAAUGGGUGGCCACAUCUGAGCUGGCUACUAAGUCAGUCUUCAAGGUUCAGCUUAACACUGUGGCAAGGGAAGGAGAACCCCACCUUGAAUGAUCUUCUUUUCAUCAGAGACAACAGCAACCCUCAGCGCAUCUAUUACGACAUUUACGAGCCUGUGCUCUCGCAGUUCAAAGAAGCUGCAAAGCAGAGAAACAGACCCAGAAGAUUCUAUCCAGGUGGAGACAUAGUGGACUAUUUCAGGCCUGUGAACCGUGAUGGUCUCAACAUCCAGUGGGAGAGAGUGACUGACAAAGAAUCUUUGUUAUCUUUACUCAAAGGCAGCAAUGGAGGAAUGCUGGUGAUCCCAGUAAUAUCUGGGAUGGGUCAACCAAAUAUUCCUGUCGUUCAGGGUUCCCAACCUGUGCUGCCUCUUCAGGACUGCCUGAAGCUUAUUCUUGCCUCAAAGAGGCCAUGGGGACUCUACUUAAAGAUUAAGUCCCAGAGUCAGCUCGACCCCUCACUGGAGCUCCUCCGACAGUACUAUGACAGGGACCUGCUACACCACCCUACCUGGGUUAACAUGGAUGUAGCCCAUGGAGCUUUCCAUAUCCAAGGCUAUAUGACAGGAGAGGAGUUCUUGAGAACCAUUAAUCAAAUCUAUCCAUAUGUGACUCUGGCUCCAGGUUGGCCAAAAGAAGCUCUUGAUGAAGGCUACACACCAGAGCUAGUGGAGGACAUGGUGCAGCUCUUCCAGGGGGCCUGGCAGGAUGUUUCACUGCAGCUACAAGCUGAAGUCCUAGACAGGUCUAUGGUUGGAUGUAGGAGUCUUAUCCACACCCAAUCACGCUUCACACUAACUGUGGAGCACUGGGUAGAGGAGAGAGGCCUCAAUCCUGGUACUGCGAACUUAAUGUCUAUCCGAGCAGGGAACAGACAGCGGAGCUUCUACAACAUGCCUAAUAUGUACAGACAACAUGUAAUGGAGGUUUCAGUCAACAUGAAAUGAAAAUCAAUCCUAUUUAUUUGCUUAAUACAAGUUCCUGGUCCUGCAUGAUUCAUCAGUGCACAUUGUUCCAAAGGGGGAAAAAAAAAUUCUCUUCAAAAUAUUUAUAAUAAAAAUAAAUGGCUCCCACUCUGAAACAACCUUCCUUUUCAUCUAAUGUGAGUUACUUACUUACUCCGACAACCUGACUCCAUUCUGGAAUGGAAAGCCCACUUUUCAUAAUUCAAUCAAAUCCUGAUCUAUAAAAUCAAGUCCCAUCCUACACUCUUGUUGAAGAUCCUUUUUCAUUUGGGAUAAGAUAAAAUUACAGUAUGUAAGAAAAUUGAGUUGACAUCUUCAGUUCAUGUUGACUUUAAAAAAAUGUACAAUAGCUAGCGCUGCCAUAG